AUGCGCCGCCGCCAGAGCAUGCAGAUGCUCGAGCUCCAGCGGCACGUCGAGGAGCUCCUGGCCGAGAACCGCAGGCUCGCCGAAGCCCGCGCCCAGGCCGAGUCGUCGGUGACCCAUCGGAGUGUCGCCGCUCUGGCCGAGCGCGAUGCCGAAAUCGAGUCGCUCAAGCGCAUGCUCAAGGAGGCCAACGAGGUCAUUGACCGAUUGAACCAGACCAACGAGGGCCUGCGCAGCUCCACCUCGGCCAUUGCCGUCAAGCACCACGAGGAGAUCCGCCGUCUCGAGGCGGACCAUGCCCAGACCGCCCGCACGCUGCAAGACAGGGACAACGAGAUCGUGCAGCUGCGUACCCAGCUAGAGGCGACGACGGCCCAGAUCCGCGAGAUGCAGCAACAGAUCCUGGAGCGCGACCGGCCGCUGGAUGAUCCAGACUUCCUCGACAUCCACGACAUCGACUACUUCGACCACCGCUGCCAGCAGCUGUGCGCCCACGUGCAGCAAUGGGUCCUGCGCUUCUCCAAGUUCAGCGACAUGCGUGCCUGCCGUCUGACGUCGGAGCUCAGCGACGAGAAGCUCAUCGACCGGCUGGACAACGCCGUCCUCGACGGUUCCAACGUCGACUCGUACCUCAACGACCGCGUCCGCCGCCGCGACAUCUUCAUGAGCAUGACCAUGAACAUGGUCUGGGAGUUCGUCUUCACCCGCUACCUCUUCGGCAUGGACCGCGAGCAGCGCCAGAAGCUCAAGCAGCUCGAGAAGCAGCUCAUCGAGGUCGGCCCGCCCCACGCCGUGCGCCAGUGGCGUGCCGUCACGCUCACCCUGCUCUCGCGCCGCCCGUCCUUCAAGAAGCAGCGCGACCAGGACACCGAAGCCGUCGUGCUGGCCAUCUUCGACACCCUCUCCAAGAUCCUCCCGCCGCCCUCCAACCUCGAGGAACAGAUCCAAGCCCAACUGCGCCGCGUCAUCCGCGAGGCCGUGGGGCUCGCCAUCGAGAUGCGCUGCCAGCGCGCCGAGUACAUGAUGCUCCCGCCCCUGCAGCCCGAGUACGACGACGCGGGCGAGCUCACCGAGCUGGUCACCUUCAACGCGGCGCUCAUGAACGAGGCCUCGGGCAGUUUCGCCGAGUCCAACGAGGAGCUCGAGGUGGCCAAGGCCACCGUGCGCGUCGUGCUGUUCCCGCUCGUGCUGCGCAAGGGCGACGACCAGGGCAGGGGCGACGACGAGAUUGUUGUCACGCCCGCGCAGGUGCUGGUCGUGGGGUCGGAGAACGCCAGGGGCGGCAGCAGGAGGGGCACUCCUACUGGUACCAAGGGGAAGAAUAGCAGGCUGAUGACGCCCGUGUCGGAGCCCGGCGGCGUCAGUCUGGAGGCGAGGAGUGUCGGUGGAUCGUCGGCUGGCGGGGAUAACAGCCCUCGUGGUUAUACCAGGGGAGCACCCCUGAGUGAUAUCAGUAUGGAAGGGGCGGGGGGUUAUCUUUGA